AUGGCAUGUGGUCUCUUGACGUACGGUUUUACUCUAAACUAUGGCAAGCACUGGAUUGGACUUGCAUUCGGUUGGGGUAUGGUUGUAGCGGGUAUGAUUGCUAGCACGGUGUCCAUCACUGCAUAUAACCUUGAGAAGUAUCCAGAUCAAUCCACUGUUGUGUCUGCCAUUAUCAACGCAUGGCGUACGGCAAGUGGGUUCUCCGUAGGAUAUUUUCAGCCUGCUUGGAUCGCGAGAAAUGGCAUCUCGGCUGUGUUCGGCACUCAGGUUGCUGUUGUCGUUGCAGUAUUAAUCCUUACUAUUACUCCUGUUAUUAUUAUCGAGGGCCGGAAAACUAAGGCACAAGUGGCCCACGCAUGA